AUGAGGGUUAGAUGGGCAUUGAGUAAACUGAACCCUACCAGGUUUAUACAUUCAUUAGGUACUUCAUGGGAUGGAUUUUCAAGAGUUUCAGUAUCUGAAUAUAAUAUCAAUGAUGAAGAAUGUGAUCCCACAAAGAGAAGAAUUAAAAACUUAAAGCUAAAAUCCAAACUUUUGGUACUUUUAUCACUUGUUUUCAUUGGUACAAGUCUAUUUUUAUCCAAGUUUUGCAUAUUUACGUUGGAUAAUAUUAAUCAAUAUAUUCAAUCAAAUUAUAAUAUGAAUCUAUAUUUGAGUUUCAAUAAAAGAUUUCAAGGUUUCAAAGAAUUCAAUAAUGCGUUUCAAGUACCAAAUCAACUUGAAUUAUAUAUCAAUCAGAAUAGUGUGAAUAAUCAAUUUAACUAUAAUUAUUCAUCAGUUGCAUUGAUUUCAUACAUCAAUGAAGUUUACAAGACUCAAGAGAAACCUAAGGAAUACCUUUUAAAUCAGACCAUUGAUUUCCAUUGGGGCGAUUGGGUAGAUACAUCAAGAGCAAACCCAUUUAUCAAAAUGUAUCCAGAUUUAUUGAAAAGAUUUGAAAACUCCAAAGAUGAUAUUUAUAAUUAUUAUAGAUUGAUGUGUCAAUUUGUUCUUGAAGAUAAAUUACCAAAUUAUGAAGAUUAUCAAUUAUUUAAAAAUCAUGCAUACUUAUUUGAACAAGUUCAGGGAAUUGAAAUAUGUGGUGCCAUUGAUAAAUAUUAUUAUUCGCCUGUUCCAGAACGUAUCAUGCUUGAAACUGAUUAUCAUUAUCAUGUUGUUGGUGUGAAUCAAAAUAGAUUAGAUGAACCUUUAGGUAUUGAAGGAUUAACUAAAAGGUAUUAUAAUACAGAAAGUGCUCACUCGCAAAACGUAAGAAAUAUUAAUCCAAAUGAUGGAAACCAAAUUGCUCAAGAACUUAAAAAGAAUUAUAUGGCCAAAGGUUAUGAAUCAUCAAAUUUCAAGCUUCAAAGGUUUCUAAAUCAAGAUGCAUCAGCUUUUAAAGAACCAAAUGUUUUGGAUGAAAUCAUAGAAUUGGAGAAGAAUAAAUUUCAAUUAACCCAAGAAGAAAGGAAAAGGUUAAAUUUUUUACAAUAUUCUAAUGAUCAUCUAAAAGAGAAACAACCAUUUUAUUUCACAAGUGUUCAAGUCGAGAUUGAUAACAAAGAUGCCAUCUUACAUCAUUAUAAUUACCCAUGGAUGAAGAAAAUCUUGUGUCCUGAAGAAAGAAUCAAAAUUAUUCAUCAUAUGAUUCGAUCAUGGUUUAAAUUUGCAGAACAAGCUCAAGUGGUUACAUGGUUUAAUUAUGGAAAUUUAUAUGGAUGGUAUUUCAAUGGUCAAAAUUUACCUUGGGAUAAUGAUGUUGAUGUCCAGAUAUCAGUUCAAGAUCAAGAUAAACUGGGUCAAUAUUAUAAUAAUACUUUAGUUAUUGAAAAUCCAGAAUUAGGAGAUCAUUUAUUCUUUUAUCAAACAAAUCCAUGGUAUUUACAACCUCACCAGGGACAACAUAUCGAUUCUCGUUAUAUAGAUGUGAGAUCUGGGAUUUAUAUUGAUAUUUCAUGUCUUUGGUUAGAUCAAUCUAUUGAACAUUAUGAUAAGGAAGAUCAAGAAAAUGAAGAAAAGGCAAAAGAUGAAGGAAAAGAUAUACCAGAGAAAGUACUCAGACAAAUCCAUUGCAAGAACAAUCGCCGAUUCCCAUUGGAUGAUAUUUUCCCAUUGAGAAGAACCCUGUUUGAAGGAGCACAAGGUUACAUGCCAUAUAAACCAAAAAAAGUCCUGUGGGAUACUUAUGGAAAUGGGUGUACAGAUAAGAAAUAUAAUAAAGAUCAUAAUUGGCAAAAGGAUAUUGGAAUGUGGAUCCAAAAUCAAAUUUGUGAAAAUGAAAUGAUUCCACCAACAGAUCAAAGGUUUGAUGAUAAUGGUGAUUUAACUUUGAAAGGUGCAUGUAAUGAUACUGAAAUAUUAGAGACUUUUAAAUCAACUUUCGGUCAAUAUCAAGCUCAUCUGAAAGAGUUUGAUGUAGUUGUUGGAAAGGGGGAAGAUGGUUCAGAAUUUAGUGAAGAGGAAUUACCUAUAUAUAGGUUUUAUGACUCUUCAGAGUUUUUAUAA